AUGUUUAACAACAAUGACGAGCGAGCUAUCAUCGAAUUUGACGAUACAACUCGUGCAUGGAACGAUUGGAAAUAUGGAAACGUUAUUCAAAACUCGAUUGUUCACGAAAAAUUCAGUAUUUCAUUAGUAGAAUGUACAAAAUUAUAUAUGGCACAUAGUGAUGUUUGCGAACAUAUGGACCGAGCUACAUCAUUCGGAACUGUUGAUAUACCAUCGCUUGUUACCGAAGCACCUGAAAUAAGUAUACAUUGUCAUGUAUGUCGAAAAUAUCAAGGUCAACUUUAUCCAUGUCGUACCUGUGGAAAAGUCUAUCAUCAAAAAUGUAUUAAAGAUAUUGGAGAAAUAAAAUCAUUUCAUUCUAUGGAAAAUGCGACUCACAAGAUUUUAGGAUGGAGUUGUCCAAUAUGUGAAGACCUUCGAGUACUUUUAUCACCGCAAGAAUUAGUUGAAACUAAUGAAUGGAUUCAAUCAUUAGAUAGUCAAUCUAUUAUUAACCUCGAUACUUAUAUAAAAAUACGUACUAAAUCAAAAUUAUCUGAAGUUUUCUAUUCAGAUGAAUUACAUAAUCAUAUAAAAACUAUCUUAGAAAUCUUUCUACAUACUAUAACUGAUAUAACAUCGAAUCGUUUAUCUCAGCUAGAUUUACUCAUUCUUGAUAUUUGUAUGAAAAUUUUUCAUACACCAGUAAAAUCUCUUGUUCAUGCAUUAACAACAUUUGAACUCUAUCGGCUUAGUCAAUUAUUUAUUUCCUUAUCAUCGGCAGAUAAUCGAUGUGCUAGUUAUAAUAAAUCCAAUGAAUUUUUUAACACUUAUCUACUGGCAAUAAUUCCUGAAAUAAAUUCUAAUGAAAAACAGUUGCAUUUAGAAGCAUUGCUCUAUAGUUUUUUGGGUAUCCCGACAAAAUUCGAUCAAACAUGGACCCAAUUUCUACUUAAUGCUACUAUUCCAACAUUACUCGGACGAUACAAUCAUCGAAGACCACCGGAUUUUAUUAAUCGAAUUAUUUCUAUCAAAGGAUCGACUAGUCCAACAAUAGAAAAUCUUAUAGAACAAAAUGCUAAUCAAUCGUUAGCAAUAUUGAUGAAUCAUAUUUUUCAAAAACUUAAACAGAUUAUUGGUGAUACGACGAAAGAUUAUCUUGGAUUUGGUCGAAAAGAAAAACGUCGAAACUGA